CGACCGGGCUUCGAAGGCGGGCUGUUUCCAUUCAAUCCACCACCGGCACUAUAAAAAGGGGAGUUGCGCGCAACUAGCAACUUCAGCCCAGAGGAUCGUUACGCACAAGAACGUGAACUGAACACAAAGUUAUAUAGUGGCUAGUUUGACCGGUCUGCGAUUUUCAGAGGCUAUGAAUAGCGUGAAAGCUUUGAAAAAUGCUAUAAUAUGUCUUAUUCUGCUGCCCCGUUUUCUUCUGGCAGCGUUAAUGCUGUGGUUGCUGGAUUUUUUGUGCAUACGAAAAAAGGUGUUUUUUAAAAUGAGGGAACCAGAAGGAAGUAUUAUUGACCCUCCCUUGUGCAUUUCCGAUUCGAAUCGAAUGUGUAGCUGGGAGUCUCUGAAAGCCGUCUGGCACGGACAGAAAUUAGACUUCCUUAAAUCUGCGCAUCUUGGAUAUGUGGCGCCGAACAGUGAAGUUGUACAGCUGGGAAACCAGAGGCGCAGUCGCAUCCUGGACUACGCCAGAGACAAAAGACCGCUCAUCCUCAACUUUGGAAGCUGCACCUGACCACCGUUUAUGGCACGCCUCAAGGCGUUCCAGGGGGUCAUGCGACAGUAUGCUAACAUCGCAGACUCGCUGGUAGUGUACAUAGAAGAAGCGCACCCCUCGGAUGGAUGGGUGAGCUCCGACGCACCCUACCAAAUUCCCAAACACCGCUGUCUGGAAGAUAGACUGAGUGCCGCUAAAUUGAUGUAUCUGGAGGUACCGGAGUGUCUUGUAGUCGCAGACAGUAUGGAGAACUCUUCCAACGCAGCAUACGGAGCUUAUUUUGAUAGACUUUACAUCCUCCGAGAGGGAAAGAUCGUUUACCAAGGUGGCAGGGGACCAGAGGGCUACCGCAUCUCGGAGCUCAGGGACUGGCUUGAUCAAUACAAACAAAGUAUCGACCAUUCCAGAAAUGUUGUUAUUCAUGUUUAGGGUCAGGUUUUUCUCAAAAUAAGGUUGUCAGAGCACAACAAUGAUCUGUUACACAGCUGCUAUAAUGUAUAAAUAUCACAAGCUGCAACAUUUGUCUCCUGUGUCCGAGGGGCACAUUCUUACCUGGGUAGAUGCGUUAAUUUAUCACAGGGUUUUUUGGUCGGUUUUAGUUAGGCUAUAGACGUUAAUUUUAUCUUCGUCUCUACCGAUUCUGUUGUUAUCCUGUAAAGUAGACCAUUGUAUGUUAGUCACAUGAAACGUAUUUUUAUGAAAAACAGUGUUUUUGUCGUAUUUCUGUGGAACGAAUGUGUGUAUUGAGCAAAAGGAUAUUCACCUUGUCCUUUACCAAUAUCGCCAGUAUUUUUUGUGAAGUUCGGUUUUUAAAAGGUGCACGACCAAAAAACCGACACUGAUGUUUUUCAUACUGGAGAUCAUGGUUAUCGGAAAGCUUUUCAUCUACCUUCAUUUGUAAAUAUGGUUAACUUUUUAUGCAUAUAUUUUGUAAUAAAAUAAACAGCUGUUUAUUAUAAUUUGA